AUGUGUUUCUUUUUCUUAGAACCGACACAGAUAUACAGAUUUCUACGUACCCGGAAUCUAAUAGCACCAAUAUUUUUGCACAGGACUCUCACUUACAUGUCCCACAGAAACUCCCGAACAAAUAUCAAAAGGAAAACAUUCAAAGUAGAUGACAUGCUAUCAAAAGUAGAGAAAAUGAAGGGAGAACAAGAAUCUCACAGCUUGUCUGCUCAUUUGCAACUUACGUUUACUGGGUUCUUCCAUAAAAAUGAUAAGCCAUCACAAAACUCAGAGAAUGAACAAAAUUCUGUAACCCUGGAAGUACUGCUUGUGAAAGUUUGCCACAAGAAACGAAAGGAUGUCAGUUGUCCGAUAAGACAGGUUCCUACAGGUAAAAAGCAGGUGCCUUUAAACCCAGACCUCAGCCAAAUAAAACCAGGCAACUUCCCAUCACUUGCAGUUUCCAGCAAUGAGUUUGAACCAAGCAACAGCCAUAUGGUGAAGUCUUACUCAUUGUUAUUCAGAGUAACUCGCCCAGGAAGAAGAGAGUUUAAUGGACUGAUCAAUGGUGAAACUAAUGAAAACAUUGAUGUCAAUGAGGAGCUUCCAGCUAGAAGAAAAAGAAACUCUUCAAAUCGUGAAGAUGGGGAAAAGACAUUUGUAGCACAAAUGACUGUAUUUGAUAAAAACAGGCGCUUGCAACUUUUGGAUGGGGAAUACGAAGUGGCCAUGCAGGAAAUGGAAGAGUGUCCCAUUAGCAAGAAAAGAGCAACAUGGGAAACAAUACUUGAUGGGAAGAGACUGCCUCCAUUUGAAACAUUUUCUCAGGGACCUACACUUCAGUUUACUCUUCGUUGGACAGGAGACACAAAUGAUAAGUCUACAGCUCCUAUAGCUAAGCCUCUUGCAACACGAAACUCUGAAAGCCUCCCUCAAGAAAACAAGCCCAAUUCUGUUAAACCUACUCAGACUAUAGCUGUGAAAGAAUCCUUGCCGACAGACCUUCAAACAAGAAAAGAGAGAGAUGUUUUAAAUGAACCUCGACAAAAGUUGCGAAUAUUUUACCAGUUCCUUUAUAACAACAACACAAGACAGCAGACUGAAGCCCGAGAUGACUUGCAUUGCCCAUGGUGCACACUGAACUGUCGGAAACUGUAUAGUUUACUCAAACAUCUUAAACUUUGUCACAGCAGAUUUAUCUUUAAUUAUGUUUAUCAUCCAAAAGGUGCUAGGAUAGAUGUGUCUAUCAAUGAGUGUUAUGAUGGCUCCUAUGCAGGAAAUCCCCAGGAUAUCCAUCGUCAACCUGGAUUUGCCUUCAGUCGCAAUGGACCAGUCAAAAGAACUCCUAUCACACACAUACUUGUUUGCAGGCCAAAGCGUACGAAAGCAAGUAUGUCAGAAUUUCUUGAAUCUGAAGAUGGAGAAGUAGAACAGCAGCGAACAUACAGCAGUGGGCACAAUCGGCUGUAUUUCCACAGUGACACAUGUUUACCUCUCCGUCCACAAGAAAUGGAAGUAGACAGUGAAGAUGAAAAGGACCCUGAGUGGCUACGGGAGAAAACCAUUACUCAAAUUGAAGAAUUUUCUGAUGUUAACGAAGGAGAGAAAGAAGUGAUGAAAUUAUGGAAUCUUCAUGUUAUGAAGCACGGGUUUAUUGCUGACAAUCAAAUGAAUCAUGCCUGUAUGCUGUUUGUUGAAAAUUACGGACAAAAAAUAAUUAAGAAGAACUUGUGUCGAAACUUUAUGCUACAUUUGGUCAGCAUGCAUGACUUUAACCUCAUCAGCAUAAUGUCAAUAGACAAAGCUGUUGCCAGGCUCCGAGAGAUGCAGCAGAAGUUGGAGAAAGGAGAAUCGGCCUCCCCAACGGAUGAGGAAUCUUCUGAGGAACAAAGUGGGACAACAAAUGGAUAUAGUGAAAAUAAUAUGAGAGAGAGAAUUUCAGAAAUGGAUAGCAUCUCAGGUGUCACAAAACAGAGCAAGAAACAAAAGCUCUGAAGUCAAAAGUCAAUUGCCAUUCAACGGACAAGCAUUGAAGUGACAUUCUAGGGUGCAUGAGCUCUAUAAAGAAUUACACACAAAAAUACAGAUUCCAAACAGGCACUGGUGGAUGGAAAUAAAUGAUUUCAACAAGGAUAUUGUUUUAACAGGGUUUCUAUUCAGUUAAUUAUGCAAGUACUACAUGUAUAUCGGUUUUGGUGAUGUAAUGACAAUAUUCUAAGAGUUUGAGCAUGAAGAGCAAUAUGAAAAUCUUUUUGUAAUUUUAGUAAUUAGUGUCUUAAGAACUUUAUGGAAUUUACAUAAUUUAAGUAUAUGUAAAACCGUUUUUAUAUUAAGAUUUUUGCAUCUGUAUCUGGCUGUUUUUCCUACCAUGAAGUUGUGAAACAUUGGGGAAAGGGGACUGGGAUACAGUUUCUGCUUUUCUUAUUUAGAAACUCUCCAGUUAGCUUUUUGUGAAAAUAACGUCACACUUUUAAAGUUUAACCUUGAUCCUUGUAUUUGAAAUCAUUUAUCUAUUGAUCAUAAAUUACAAAUUAAUUUUUUUUUUUACACUAAAAUUAUCAAAGUUGGCGAACUUAGCACUUCCUUUGUCUUGUGCCUGUUUGGAAAGAUCUUGGCUUUUCAUGUUACAGACACAGUGAAGUACCACCUUGGCUUUUUGAGGUUACCAGCAGUUUGGUUUUCGUGGAUAAUUCUGAUGUAUUGAUCACCCAGUGUACCAUUUUAAACUUGAACAUUAGCUCCUUUAUAUUUUUAUUACACAUUUACACAGCUACACAACUAUUUGAUGUAAACCCUUUUUACUGGGGUUCCGCAUCAUAGUGUGCCAUGCUAAAGCCGAGAGUCUAUAGUCAGUAUGUAGGCAUUACGUCAAUUAACUUCUUUUGAAGUUUAUGCCUGCUGUUUUGCCUGAGUACAGACUGCAAGUCCAGGCCAUAGGUUUAGCUUUGGCUUUUGAGAUGCCACUCUUGAGGGAAAAAUGCACUGUAAAAUUGGACCAGAAAAUGUGUUGCACUUCUUAUGCAAGUACUCUGUGAUGUAUUGUAUUCAAUACAGAUACUAAGAUGCUGACUAAACUAUAUUUGAGCAGUUUUGCACUGCUGUUAACACAUUUUAUGCAUACGUUUACAGAUUUUUUCCAAUGGAAAGUGGUUUCACUACUGGUACAGUAUCAGCACCGAAGGGUUUAUUCCAGCAAGCACUGUGGUUGAGUGACAUCACCUCAAUUUUUUAUUAUCCUUAAAAUAUUGCAUUUUUCAUAUUCUUUAUUUAUAAAGGAACAAUGCUGCUGUAAAUACAGGUAUUUUUAAUUUUUUAUUUCAUUCCAUCACCAUGAGAUGCAGUUCCCUAUUUGUUUAAGGGGUAUAUAAGCUUUCUAAUGGUGUCUUCAGAAAUUUAUAAAAUGUAAAUACUGAUUUUGAUGGUCCUUAAGAUGUGUUUAACUGUGAGACUAUUUAACUAAUGGUGUGGAUGUGAUUUGUCAUCCAGUAUUAAGUUCUUAGUCACUGAUUUUGUGUACAAAAUAGGAAAGAGGGAAACUGCAGCUUUCAUUACAAACUUCUUGAAUUUGCCAGCUCUCUGAGUUUUAGCAAACUCUAAUUAUGCCUCUGGAUAGUACAUCAAGCAUUUCUCUCUGGCUUUAAUUUGCUAAAGCUGUGCACAUAUGUAAAAAAAUAGAUUAUUUUAGGGGAGAUGUAGUUCUAGAAUUAUUGCUUAUGUCAUUUCUUAAGCAGUUAUGCUCUUAAUGCUUAAAAGAAGGCUAGCAUUGUUUGCACAAAAAGUUGGUGAUCCCCCCAAAAAUAGUAAUGAAAUUACUUCUGUCCAGUAAACUUUGUAUGUCAUGUCAAUUUAUAAUAAAAGCUGAAAAAAUCCCUUUGUUUUCUAUUUAUAAAGAUGCCUUUUCUAUAUGUACCUUUGAUAGAUUUUGAAGAUACCAUGUAAGCUGGUUAAAAAGAAUUUGAAUGGUACAGUAGAUGUAAAAACAAAACAAAACCCCAAACAAAAAAAACCAAAACAAGUUCAGUUGUUUAAAUGAACCAUUGUUUUUACAUUAAAUGUUUUAUUUGAAAUCAGCUUUUGUACAUAAAGUUCAGUAAUAUAAAAUCUGCCAUGAUGGUUGUCCCGCUCAUUUUGUGUGCAUGCAGAAAGGCCACAAGCAACACCUUGUAUAAACUUUCUCUUCUGCAUGUCUUUUAAAAUUUGGAUACAUGUUCUUCCUUUGCCAGGUUGUUACAAAGGUAGCAAAGUUUCUGUCCAGUCUUUUUGUUAUAUUUAAUGUGUCUCCAUAAAUUACCAGGUUUUUAGUUGGAUUAUAAAAACUUCUACUCUCCUGUCUUGGGGGCAGGACUGAGUUCCUGAGAUAAAUCUGUUAAGUUGUGUAUUACUGUUUAGAACUGUAAUUUAUAUAACUGAAAAUGAAACAUCACUUGUGUCAGCUAUAAAAAUAGGACUUGUGUGGCUUUUUACAUGCAAGUGGUUAAUGUUUCAAACAGAUUUUACAAGACAGUUUAUUUAGAGCAAAAUUUAAAUCAGUAUCAGUUGAAAACAGUGCUUCUCUGGGACUGUAGAGGAUGGAUAUUCCAGGUACUACAGAACAAAAUGAGUAAGGAAUUGCACUGCUUGGCCAAAUAGUGACUGUUGAAUAGCAGACACUGAAAACCUUUUUCCAUGUUAGAAAUAAUUCAGAUACUGAAAUACAGGAUAUCACAGAUAAACUCUGUAAACUGGACUUCAGACUGCAGUUGUUGGGUAUGCUUUCAUCUCUAAAAUUGGCAAGGUUCUUCUAAUCUACCCUUUAGUAUGUUCAUGGCAGAUUUUAAUGAUGUUUUAUAUUUGGUGAUUAUCUUAACACAACAGGACUGUGAACCCCAGGUUGGAACCUAACAUGACUUGAAUACUUAAUUCAGUGCAUUAAAUACUAUAUUCAAAAUUGUUAGAUGGAUUUGUUAACCUUAUGUGUAUGUUGCUUUGAGUGUGUCUUGAAUAUAGUCCUUGAAUUUUUGGGGGGUGGGGUAAAGAUGGACUGCCUGGAAUGAAGCAGUUGCGAAUAAUCUGAACUGUUCUGAUUCCUUUACUAAUCACCAAAACAAAACCCCCAAACCAUACAACCCACCCCAAAGCAGCAAUUUGACUUUACUUUUGCGAAUGCAGGAGCCAUUCUGUGAGGACAAUUUUGACAAUAUUGUUCAAAGUUAAGUAUUUCUUAAUUCACAGAACAGUUUGGUGCCAUCAUCAACCGGUGCUUGAAUGAAGGUGUUCCUGUUGGACCAGAUCCUGGUUAUAAAUCUGAUACUGCAUGGUUUCACAACUGAGAAAACAAGAAAUCUGAAUGAAGUAGGUAAGUCUGCCUUCCAUGAUUCUGAUACCUGCUGUUCUUAAGUUGCUUGAUUUGAGACCGAAGAUGCUCUCUUUAGGAGAAAUACUUGGCAUCUUACCCUGGAGAAAGUUCUUCAUAUGAAUGGUGUAUUUAUGAGAGAAAGCUACCAAGUCGGCAGCCUGAUUUCUGGUUUCACAAGUUAUUUUUCCUUUAGUAAAGCUGUGUGUUAGUUCAACGUGGACUUUAUUUGAAGGGGAUUAAAUACCUCUGCUUCUUGCUCAGUAACGGUGGCCAAAAACUACUAUUGUAUGAGUUGCACCAUUUAAUGCAGCAGUAAGGAGAUGGGAACAAUAAACCAGAAAAAUUAGCUGUGGAGUAUUGAGGAAAGUAGUUUACAGAUGCUGUAACUAAUUUUUAAAAAAGGAGGAAAAAUUAUUUCUGUAAGAGAUUUCAGCUAAGAUCUAAACUUCAGCUGGAAAUAAAGGUAAGUGCACAAGUGAGAAACCUGGAAAAAUUGUUGAGGACUUCUGAGGGACAAAAGAUGGGGAAAAAAACAAGGGGGAGAAGCUCUUAAAGACGGCUGCAGCACUAUAGAAUACAUUUUCUUAUUAGAAUGCAGUGAUGCUCCAGCUUUAUGCCCCAAUAAAUAAUUUACUAGACCAUACAUGGUUGAGGGAUAAAACUUUAUUUAAAAAAAAUUUCAAAUUUCACUUGACACAUAAGUCUUAGUUGAGGUAAGUGAAUGUUCUAGCUUAAGAAAACAACUUUCAGGAUUGGAUUUCAUAAGCAGUUAACACUCUGUUGCUUGCAAGGCUCCAAGAGCUAGAGGUGAAAAAUUGUAAAGGAAGUGUCAAGUUUUCUAUCUAGCUGAACUCUGCUGUGGAAGAACAGAAUUUCAACCUUUUUAAUUCAAGCCUCUUCUGCUUCUUUGCAUACUUUAACUCAGGUCUCUUGCCCUGAGACUCUUCACCCCUCCCAGGUCUCAAAGGUGCAGCUCCAAGAGGUGGUUGAACAGUACCUAAUUUGCAAUUUGGACAGCUAGGCUUAUGCUAAGUUUAAAAAAAUGACUAAAAACCCAACCAUACCCAACCCACGAUUGGCAAGCUGCCCUUGUUCAACGUACAGCUAAAGACUAAAGUCAGAAAAACUGUUUCUUCUCUUGCCAUCCUCAGCUCUCAGGGGGCACAGUAGGGGCCUCCAGUGGCCCUUCACAGUCAUCUUAAGCUGCUUUGUAUGUGUAUUCUGAACAAACUGACAAGGCAUUACCAUCUCUGGAAGUACCUGAAUUCAAGGCUUAAGCUUCAUUUUCUAACAUGCAAGUAAAUAUCCUGCAGAAUCAAUAGUCUGACUAGCCCCUCCAAAAGCAGAUGAAAAGGUACCUGAGCUGUUGAUACCUCAGAAGUGUAGAUACAAUUUUAGUUUCCAUAUGGUAAAAAUACUAAGUUACAAGUAGUACCUGAAGUAUGUAAGUGACAUUACCAGCACUACUAAAUGGAGCAAGAUUUAAGCUGGCUGCUAGCUAGAGUGCCAGCCUGACCCUCUCUAAACAGGACUGAUACUGUUUGAUCAUCUACUGAACCUUCUUGGCUACAGGAAAAGAAUCGUAUUUUAGAAGUAUUGAAAAUACUCUUCAUAGGAUAAUUAGAGAGAACACUGAAAGUACAGGAUAAGCUAGUAUUUUCUUACUCCCUAACACUGAAAUAGUUAAGCUUGAAAAACUGAGAAUACUGCAGGCUUUUUGUUGCUAACAGUGGAUAAUCUUACCUGCAGGUGUCCAGUCUUCCUCACUUCAGGUCUUAUAGUAAAUUCCAACCUAACUCUAUGUGCAAAUUCUUUGCAUCCAUCUGAAUCUAUUGUA